AUGCCACCUAAUCUUUUCCUACAGAACUUUCAAUCAAAACAAACAGCUCAACAACAGUUUCAUGUCACGGCUUCCCUUUCAAUUCUUUGUUUGCAUUAUUAUAACUUCAAACACCAUUGGAAAAUGACUGAUCUCCACUCCAAAAUAGGAGACACAACCUCUCCAUACAUCUAUUGCCUUGCCCCCAUUGAAAGCUUAUAUUUUGUGAGGAGCAAGGAGGGGAAGAUCUAUCUGCAUUCUUUAAUCAUGACUUCCGUAGCAAAUAUGAGCUCCGAGGCCCUUCCUCACAUAGCCAUGUACCCAUGGUUCGCAAUAGGCCACCUAUACUCGUUCAUGGACACCGCCAAUAAACUUGCAGAGAGAGGCCACAUAAUCUCUUUCUUCUUGCCAACCAAAACUCAAACUAAGCUGGAGCCUCUUAAUCUGUACAAAGACCUCAUUUCUUUCAUCCCAAUUACUGUUCCACACGUAGAUGGCCUCCCUUCUGGUACUGAAAUAACUGCAGAUAUUCCUCGCUCAUCGUUAUCCCUCCUCACCACUGCCUUUGACCUCACUGAACCCACAAUUGAUUCCUCUCUUCGUGACAUCAAGCCCCAUUUCGUAUUCUACGAUUUCGCUCACUGGUUACCAUCCUUGGCUCGCCGCCUAUGCAUCAAGGCUAUAUGUCUUUCAGUUGUUGGCCCUCCAGCCGUGGGAUAUUUGAUUAGCCCAGAAAGGAAACUCAUUGAGAAACCCAUAACAGUGGUCGAUCUUAAAGCACCUCCGCAGAGAUUCCCACCUUCUUCGAUUAAGCUAUCUGCCCAUGAAUCCCGAGAAGCACUUACCCUUUUAACGGUGAAGAAAGAUGGCCAAGGCGGCAUAUCAUUCGUGGAACGCCUAAUGAUCUCUUAUAUAGAUUGCGAUGCCCUUGUUUUCAAAGCCUGCAGGGAGAUGGAAGGGAUUUACUGUGACUAUCUGGAAGCACAAUUUAGAAAGCCUGUGAUUCUUUCAGGCCCAAUGGUGCCCAGGCCACCAACUUCAGCAUUAGAAAACAAAUGGGCAACGUGGAUGGAUGGCUUCGAGGCUAAAACUAUGAUAUUCUGUGCAUUCGGAAGCGAAUGUAUUUUAAAGAAGGAUCAGUUUCAAGAACUAAUUUUGGGUCUAGAGCUAUCGGGUUUACCAUUUUUCGCUGUGCUAAAACCACCAAUAGGGGUUGAAACGAUUGAGUCUGCAUUGCCAAAAGGGUUUGAGGAGAGGGUAAUGGGAAGAGGGCUUGUUCAUGGGGAAUGGGUACAGCAGCAGUUGAUUUUGCAGCACCCUUCUGUGGGGUGCUUUGUGACACAUUGCGGGUCAAACUCUUCAGCUGAAGGCCUAGUGAGUGAGUGCCAAUUAGUGCUUCUGCCACACGCUGUGGAACAAUAUAUCAUUGCAAGGGAGUUGGCCGGAGAUAUAAAAUUAGGAGUUGAGGUUGAAAAAGGUGAAGAAGACGGGCUAUUUACUAGGGAGGGAGUGUGCAGGGCUGUGAGGGCAGUGAUGGAUGAUGAUAGCAAGGUUGGGCAGGAGGUGAGAGCCAACCAUACUAAAUGGCGAGAGUUACUGCUGAGCACAGGGCUUGAGAAUUCCUACCUUGACAGCUUCGUUCAAAGGCUGUAUUCUCUGCUGGAAUGAUUGUAUAACCGCAAUAAAAAAUAAUGAUUUUAUUUAUAUUUUUCUAGGAAAAACUUUUCUCAUCAGCCACUAUUUACCACCCCACACACUAUAGUACCCUAUGAAAAACACUCCUACACCCUAUGAAAAUGCUAUAGAAGUGGGGUGUGAUAGUGAAUAGUGGCAUAGCAUUUCUCUUUCCAUAGUAUGUUGUUGGCUGCUGCAAGUUUCUGCCUCUGCCUUCCAGAUAUAAGUGUUGUUGCUAAGUGCAAUACUAGUUUAUGUCAAUUAUGCUAUUUACAAUUAGUGGGUGUAUAAUUUAUAAACAUAUUAUUUAUUAUCUUUUUCGUGUGUUGAACCUUAUUA